AUGAUUCAUAACGCUUGCCCUCAACCUACUAGAAUAUUUCGUCUUGGAAAGUAUAAAUCGGAGAAAAAUCGUGCAAUAAAAGUAUGUUUCCCAUCUGAAGACACAGCAAAAAACAUACUACGUAAUAGGAAUAAGAUUGACAAGGAACAUAUCAAGAUAUAUUCGGAUCAAACUCCAUACCAACGGAAAUACCUUCAAAAUUUAAAAGAAGAGCUACAGCAACGUACCUCAAAUGGAGAAAGCGGUCUUAACAUCAAAUAUAUCAAGGGCACCCCCAAAAUAGUUACAUCUAGGGAAACGCAAGAAACAACAACAAAGGAAACUCCAAAAAACUGA